UUGUUUUGCACAAGACGCACUUCUGCGCCCCCAGUCCAGCCUACCCGCCCGGUUACAUUGCAGUAGGAGUAGGCUAACAAGCUGUCACGGUGGUGCUUAACUUGAAUGAUUUCGACUAGAUUUAUAGUGAAAAGGUUCCAGACAUCAUUGUCGAAGACUGAGCUGAUAGAGAAAGCGCAGUGAUUGAAGAAACAGCAGUGAAACCCAACAGACAGCGAGCAACAAUGUCUAUUAUCACGAUGCCCUGGGCCUCAACGAUAAUGCUUCUCGGGAAAGUUGGCCACGGGAAGACAGCCACAGCUUCAAGUAUCAUUCAGAGACGCUUCAGUUAUAGCAUGGACGAAACAACCACAGACGUAUUCAAGACUGGCAGCUGUACCUCAGCUGAUGGUGUCAGUAAAGUAGACGUCAUUGACUCUCCCGGACUUUUCAAGACCUACCCCGUUGAUGAUGUACAAGACACAACAAGGAUGUUUGACCACAUUGAAAAGGCUGUGAACAUCAACGCUGAGGGCAUCAACGCCUUUGUCAUAGUUUUUCGCUUCGGUACUCGUUAUACUGAUGACGAGCAAAAAGUAGUCCGUAAUUUAGAGCAGGCUUUUGGACAAAAGUUCUUUGCCAACCAUGUCAUUGUCAUAUUCACUAACGGAGGAGACUAUCGACUGAAACAUGGAUCCGCUCCUUUUGAGGAUUGGGUGGUCUCCCAAAUGGCCGAUUUGAGAAAACUGUUUGACAUGUGUCAAGGCAGAUGUUUGCUGUUUGAUAACGUAACCUGCACUGCAGAAACAGAUGCUGAACAAAGGGGGAAACUACUCGAAACUGUCUCGAGGAUGACGAAGAAAUUUACAACGGAAAACUACGAGAAGACAAAGCCUCAGCGCGAUAAACAUUUGUCGGAUCUUGGGGCGUCUUGGAAGGAUUUUGUCCCAAGAUUUAUACGUAAUCGGUUUCUCUCCAAAAAGCCCUCAACCAUAAUGCUUCUCGGGAAAGUUGGCGAUGGGAAGACAGCCACAGCUUCGAAUAUCCUCAACAGAAGCACCAAUCCUACGGACUCAGCAAACACUGCUGACGUAUUCAAGACUGGCAGCUGUACUUCAGCUGAUGGUGUCAGUGAAGUAGACGUCAUUGACUCUCCCGGACUUUUCAACACUUGUCCUGCAGAUGAUGUACAAGACACAAUAAUGAUGUUUGACUUCAUUGAAAAGGCUAUCAACAUCAGCGCUGACGGCAUCAAUGCCUUUGUUAUAGUUUUUCGUUACAGAGCUCCUUUUUGUUUAACUGAUAGUGAACAAAAAGUACUCCAUUAUUUAGAGACUUUUGACCCAGGGUUCUUUGCUAAACAUGUCAUUGUCGUAUUCACUUACGGAGCAUACUAUCGACUGAAACAUGGAUCCACUCCUUUUGAGGACUGGGUGGUCUCCCAAAUGGCCGAUAUGAGAAAACUGUUUGACAUGUGUCAAGGCAGAUAUUUUCUGUUUGAUAACGUAACCUGCACUGCAGAAACAGCUGCUGAACAAAGGGGGAAACUACUCGAAACUGUCUCGACGAUGACCAAGAAAUUCACCGCUGCAGACUUAAAAAAGACGACGCUUCUUCGACAAUCUCUUUUGUUGUCACUGAAUCAUCAGACGGUCUGGACUUUUCUUCCUCAGCCCCUCCGCACUGCCACUAUGAGCAGACAGCUCAACAUCUAUUUGAUGGGCAAGACUGGCAAUGGCAAAAGUUCCACUGGAAACAGCAUCGUGGGCGAUACCCCCUUCUAUUGUCCGGAUUCAGCAAGCUCAGCAACUCAGGCCGUUGACUCGGACGAAAAGAAGAUCAACAACUACACAGUCACUAUUGUGGACACACCAGGAAUGAGGAACAACACUGACACAUCUGGUCGCGUCAACACUUCAGGGGAAGUACGCUUGGCCAUGGAAUACGUGUACCAAGCACUGUCUCGCUGCCCCGAAGAAGAAAUACACUUGUUCCUUCUGGUUCUGCCCUUUGGAGGUAAAUAUAUUGGGGAUGAGGUCGGAGUGGUACAGGACUUGACGAAGAAAGGUUAUGCUAAAUACAUGCUGGAACGGACUGCAGUGCUUUUCACCCAUGGCCGUGAUUUUGAAUUAAAAUGUGGCUCAGGGCCUGGGGCAUUUCAACAGUGGUGUAUGCGACAAACGGGAAAGCUGGAGGAGCUCUUCAAAAGCGUAGACUACAGAUGCGUGCUGUUUGAAAACCUACAGCCGGAUGCAGGUGUACAGGCGUUUCAAAGACAGGUAGUCCUUGAUAUGGCAAAUGAUAUUCGCUCUCGUAAAGGCCCGUUUACUAAGAGGGGUUUCCUUAACUCACUUUCGUGGUGGGAUAAGCUGUCUUUGGGUGAGUGCAGUAUACAAUGAUGAGUGACUAGGCUGCUCUGUGUAACCACAACAGGAUCGGAUCUGCUGUGCCCUUGUUCAACAUUUUUGUGUUAGUGUGAGUUGGAAUACUUUGGCCAUACGAAAAGUGGGAGGUUGACGAGUGCUCUAGUGUGGUUUGCUCCUACUUUCAAAUGAAACACACAAUAUUACCCUCACCUCUCUUCCAUCUUUACUUUGUAUGCUACUGUUUUGACUUAUCUCUAAGUUUCGACACAUUUAUGACCUAUCUGUGUCGCAGAUGCUGUAACACUCUUACUAGAACCCAACCAAAACCAUACGAAAAUGUCGGCUCGUGUUCUAAGAGCUAUUUUCAAUGGUUAUGUUUACGAAGACGUGGACAUGCUGUACACCACAGAGGCGGGCUGACGUAAGCAUAAUAGAACUACAGUGGAAUCCUGUUAUAACGAGACGUAGAGGACCAGUGCUGGCCUAUCACACGAUGCGUUCUGCUUGUCUGCG